UCCGCUGCGCCGGCCGGCCGCCGACUUGUCUCCGGCCCGGCGGUCAGCUGUGGGUCAGCCUCUGCCCAGCGGCCACUCGGCUGCAGGCGAUCUGUGGUGCGACCCACUACUCAUGGACCCGUCCGGCUCGACCCCGCUCACGCCAGCCGCGCUGGGCACCGCCGCGCCACCUAUCGUCGAGGAGACGGUGAUGUCAUCUAGCACCGUUUCGGAUGUCUGCCAUCAGGCGGCGCUCUGGCGGCUGUGCACCGCGCGCAUUCAGCGCCAGGUGGUCGAGCUGCACAGCGUGGCGCCCUGGUACGGCACCGUGUACGCCCUGCUGGUGAUCGUCACGUACGUGCUCGCCUGCCUGAUCCUGCUGACCAGAGCCGGCUCCACACUCAGCUACAGAGGGCGCAGCGCCGUGCAGGCGUGUCGCGUGCUGUCGCGGUCGGGCCGGUGCCGUCGGCUGGCCUCCCGUGACGCUACGGCCAGCACCGCCGAUGGCUGCAGUUCUGAGUCGGCGCUGGCCAGCGAAGCGAGUCCCCACCACGGCCAGCCACUGCAGUCGGAAGUCUGAGGCGGCUGCAGCUCGGACUGGCCACUGCAGUCGGAAGUCUGCGAAGACUGCAGCUCGGACUGGCCACUGCAAUGACGCCGUCGCAGCUAGCGACGGCACACGCACAGCUGCGGCAGGCUGUGAGCUGAUGCCACUGGCGGCACAUGCUCGGCUGCGGCGGGCUG